AUGUGCAAGUGCGCUGAUGGCUCGAACAACUGUGGAGCUCACUGUAGAGACACGCUUGGUAGUUUUAGUUGCUCUUGUAAAAGAGGUUACAGAGUGUUUCGUAAAACGGUGUGUGUAGGUAAGUGCGUUAUGCAGCUGAAACUAGAGGGUGCUAAAACAAUUGAGAUGCAGAACUGUUCCAUUGGAACCUAUUGACUCCUACUCCAGAUCAGACAAGGCGCAAAUUAGCUGUCCCAUCUUUAACCCAGACCGGGACUGAAAACGACGCUUUUAUCCCAGCAGUGUUGCUGUUGCGUAGGGCGAUUAAUUCUUUAAGCAAAAUAGUUACAUGUACAAAGUGGAAUAAGGCAUCAAAUUCAGCACAGAGUUUGUUUUAGGUGUAAAUACUAAGAAAAUCCAAUACCUGCUGAGGAUGCCCAUAUACCAAGCCAGGACUAGAGUCAGGACCUCGAGAAAGGACUAGACAGUUUUUCGCUUUCCCGCCAUUUUCACGUCCUGCAAGUCCCAUGACCAUUAAGAAGGAAAGCUCGAGUUCGGGUGACCGUUAGGUUCGGGUUAGGGUAAGGUUAGGGUUAGGGUUAGGGUUAGGAGGUUACCAGUUAGGUUAGGAGUCCUUUUCGUUGCUUUUAUUUUACUUUUUUUUGGUUUAUUAAUUAUUUUUAUUUAUUUAUUUUUUUGCUUACUGAAAGAUUCGAAAAGUCCUAACUGGAGUCCUGGCUCGAGCCCAGACUCGAAGUCCUGGCUCGAUUCCUGUCUUUGAUAUUAGUAUAUCUUGGUUGUGCUCAGCCUUGUUUUCACACAAUUUAAAAGGGCUCUGUUUUGGCUGUCUUUUUUAUUUUGUUUAUCAUGCCAGUCACGGUUACGCGUCCUUGAGAAAUUGGAACAAAAUUACAACUCUUUGUCAAACAAAAUAUGUCUUCCAAGCAUUAUAUCAAUCUUUACAAAUAAAAAAAAUGAACAUUGAAAAACCAUUUCAGUCGUCUUCUCGUUUGUCCAUCCGUGCUUCCUUUUGCAUUUGCUGUGUCAUUUCUACCCUCUUCUAACCCUUUUGGGUGGUUAUUUUAAUGUUUCACUCAAUUUGGUGGCAAUUCUCUCUGUUUGAACAUUCAUACAUUUUGUGACACGGCCUCUUUAAAAGUAUUCAUUUCAGGCGACACCGUUUUUUUCAUCAGGAGAAACAAGGCUACAAGCGUUACUCAGACUACUUUUGGUCUCCUUUCUAGAUAUUAACGAGUGUUCGGAGGGAAAAUGUGGACAGGAUAGGUGUUACAACACUCCUGGCUCUUAUUAUUGCUUAUGUAGACAAGGAUUUCACAAAGUUAAUGGAAAGUGCAAAGGUUAUAAUAUAGUCAUAUGUUUUUUCCACAGGACUAGGGUGCUUUUAUAUUAUGCAACAUUUUUUUAGUUUAAUUACUCACUGAUUUCUUUCUGGGCAGAGUGAACAUCAUGUAGCGUAAAGGAACGUCGUGAGGAAAAUAUCGAUGUAUACGAAAACAAAGGUGCUGUGGUGAUUCAUCUCAAAAAAUUUAGAGGGUUAAGUCCUAAGAGUGGUGUCUAGGUCAGUUCACUAAAAUUUAACAAAGGUCAGGGGAGUAUCUUAAAACCUUCAUCGACCUUUUUCUUCUUCUUUAUUGAACAGGCUUAAAAAACGUGCAAAUUGCCAAAUGGCGAAUUCUACCUACCUGUUUCAUGAAACACUAGUGUGUUGUCAUUUUUCCGCGGAAUGCUUUAAAUUAACAAUUCUUUUCGCUUUUUUUGUAGGGUUUAAAAUCGUCCCGUGUGUUAAGUCUUUUCAACUGGUUUCGCGUUCAUAUUUGUGUUGCGCUCCUUUUUUUACUUUUUUUGGUGCAACGCCGACUUGCAACGCUGAAAGGUGCUAAAAAUCGCCUUGAGAAUUGUCCCGUCAGGGUAACAUCACCUUCACUGUCUUUGUUUGCCAGAUAUUGAUGAAUGCGAUAACAACAAUGGCUUUUGCGAACACACUCGGUCUACUUGCGACAACAGACCAGGUAGUUAUCGCUGCAUUUGCAACCAAGGUUUUCUUUUGGACGGUAGCGGAAGAACAUGUUCAGGUAAGGAGUCAGCUUCCUUCUUUUACUAUGAUUAGUUUUGUUAGAAAAAAAGAACAACUAAUCUCAGUCAAUCGACCACUACCACUAUCUACCUGCAAACGAAAGACUUCCUCGGGGCCUAUGCAACCACUGCGUCCACACCAAUUUGUAUCUAGCAACUUACGUCAGCCACUUACUUUAUUAUGAACUUGCGUAAGACGUAUUAAUGAACGAAAUGGUUAUCCAUAGUACGUGAUAAAGGUGCAUACAAUAUUUCGGCAAUAUCAUGUUUUCCCACUAUUAUAAUUGUAACCAAGCCUCUCCUUAAAAUCUGCAUGUUAUAAAUGCCAACGACAUCUCUUUCCCACCUCCUUCUGCUAAAUGUUUUCCUGUCCGCAAUUGAUCAGGUCUGGGCUUUUCAACGUUGGAAAGUGCCCAAUAAUUCACUAUCUAAUUCACUAUUCACUAUCUUAUCUACCGAAUAAUUCACUAUCCAGCAAUUAAGUAUUAGGGGAACAAAUUGCGUUAUCCAUGGCCACUGGAUAGAGUUUUAUCCAGUGGAUAGCGUUCUCCACCUUUCGAACAACUGGGGCCAGGAUACAUUCAACCAGAGAAUUUGUCGCAAAAGGAAUAAUACAAAAUUCUUAACAGAUGAGUUACGGUUGUUUUUUUGUUUUGGAUUCAAAAAUGGAUUGUUUCAUACAGGAAAAUAAUUCCCUUACGAAACCAUAUGUAUUUUGAAACUGAUUUUAAGUAUUUAAAAUGUAUUUUCAGUAUUUGAACACUAUUUUCCUGUAUUUUAAUCCUGUUUGACAAAAAAAUUUAAAUUUUCGCCCCUGUUUGAAAUAUAUCUUAAGUGUAGUUAAGUGUAGUUAAGUGUAGUUAAGUGUAGUUAUGGUCUUUCAAGAACGAGCGAAGAAAAACUCCAAUCUAGAAUUCCAUAUAGGUAAAGAAACCAUUGAUGUUGUCCAUGAAUAUACAUAUUUAGGAACCCGUAUCUCCUCAACCGGUAAUUUUAAUAUCUCACUCGAACACUUGAAAGAGAAGGCUCUUCAUGCUCUUUUUAGUUUAAGAAAACACACAAACUUUAGCAAAUUAAAACCUUCUCUUGCUUGCAAAAUAUUUGAAACGAUGAUUUCCCCAAUAUUAUCAUAUAAUAGCGAAAUUUGGGGUGUAUAUGUAAAACAUGAUUUUAAAGCUUGGGACAAUACCCCAAUUGAAAAAACCCACUUGAAAGUUUGCAAACGUUACCUAGAAAUAAGCAAUAAAGCUUCAAAUGUUGCAAGUAGAAGUGAAUUAGGACGGUUCCCAUUAAUUAUUAAUAUUUAUAAAAACAUCCUUUAUUACAUAUUGUAUCUUCUGCGUAAAAACGAGGAUACUGUUGUUAAACAAGCCUUUCGUACUUCGCUAGAACUUCACUGUAAUGGUAAAAAUAGCUUUUACCAUAAUCUUAUGAAAAUACCUGAAUAUUAUGACCUCCCUGAUUUUGAUCCUAAUAAUCUAAGUGAAGCUAAGAUCAAACACUAGAUAUAAUAAAACAAAACUAUAUUGCAUAUUGGCAACAUACAAUCCAUCAUUCUAAGAAACUACAAUUUUACAGCUUAUUUAAACAUGAUCAUAAAAUUUCAAGUUAUCUAGACUUAAUUAGAAAUUCUGCUGAUAGAAAAGAUUUAGUGAAAAUUCGUAUAAGUAACCACAAACUCAUGAUUGAAACUGGAAGAUAUAAUCAAACUUCCCGCAACGAUAGAUUCUGCCCUAUUAAUAACUCUGGUAUAAUUGAAGACGAAUUUCAUUUUCUCUACCAUUGUCCAAAAUACUCAAUCCCAAGGGAGAAAUUCUACAAUCAGAUCCAACAAAAUUUUGUCGACUUUAAUCAGCUAUCUUACACAGAAUUAAUAAUUAAAUUAAUGAAUUCACAGAAUUUUUCCGUAAAUUCACAUUUGUUGAAAUUUGUCUCAUUAUGUAAUGAUUUACGUAAUAAUUUGUUAUCAAAUCAUGCUGAUGACACUUGAUUGACUAUAGUAAUCAUUGCAUUGCAUUAUCAUUGUUAUGAUUUGUUUGUUUGUUUGUUUGUUUUUUUUUAUGUUAAAGCUUGAGCAACACUGUAACUACAUAAUUAUAGUCAUGCAAAUAAAGCUUAUGUUGUUGUUAUUUCAUCAAAAGGAAAACCUCUCUCAUCAAUUUACAAUGUAUUUUGUUUAAUAAAUAUGAUUAAAAUAGGGUAUUUAAAAUGUAUUUUGGGCAUAGAACCACUAACACUAUUACAAACAGAGUUCAAAUAGACUAUUUGAAAUAUGUUUUAAGGGCUUAAAUGCGACUGUAUUUUAAAUACUUUUAAAUAGGGUACUUUAACUCUGUUUUGAAUUGUAUCUAAAAUGUAUUUUGAGACUCAUCCACUCACAAAGUUACAAGCAGAGAUCAAAUAGACUAUUUGAAAUAUGUUUUAAGACCUUAACUUACUUAAACACUGUUUUGAGGUCUAUUUGAAUUGUAUUUUGGGCACACAACACUCUAACUCAGACGACGAUCCACUAGUAUCCCAUGAUGCAUUUUUCCAGAAGUAUCACGCAAUAUCGCAGUCAUGGCAGAUUCCAUCGUGAAAUAAGGUCGUUUUCUCGUCGGCUUUUUUCUCAUUCGAUUUCCAUCAGUAAAAGUAAGAAAAUUGCAUUAUUUCGUUAUUUGACGUGUUUUCUCCGAUUUGCAAUGCCUUAAGAGCGAAGUUUCCACAUAGAAACAUUUAUUUUCAUGGUUUCAACUAGUCUUCCCAUCACAAAGUGUUCAGUGACCCACAACAAGGUCAUGAAUAUUCAAGAAUUUUAGGAAUAUAUGUUGAAAUCUUCCAAACGUGGACCUCACGCCAGAAAAAUGAAGUCCUGAAUACUGUACAGGGUAAGAAGUACCCAAAAGUACCCGCAUUUUGAAGACUUUUUCAUCGACAAAAGAUAGCUGAAAUUUCGAAUCUUUUAUCACAUUUCAACGCCAUGUUUGAGAAUAUAUGGGUAAAGUCUGCUGAGGGCUACAAUCUGUUGGGCGCUUUCGAGAGCGCUUUAUGCCGAAGCAAUCACUUUGUAUUUUCAAAGUGGUUAUUGUUAAAAGGAAUUUGACGAUAAUUAUUUUAAUUUGAAGAAGGAACGGUGAAUAAUGGUGUGUUUCACUGUGAUAGGAACCCAAAGAAAGGUGCCACGCAGCAUGUAAGCCGGCACAACGUAAACAAGCCUGCUCAGAAUUUGAAAAAGAAACAUCAGAAACUUUAUUUAUUUGAAAAAACAGAUCCGUAUUCUGGCCAGGAAAGUUCCUUGCAUGAAGAUUGCUUGAGUCAGUACCGGGUAGAUUGUGCUUCAGAGAAUUGUUUGUCGCAUCGAUAGGUUAAACUUUAUUUGUAACUGCCGUUGUAAACUGAGCGCCUGUGAGCGCGAUGCCUUAAUAAAUCCUCCUUUGGUAAUUAGCUUCACAGCGUAGCAGCUGUUUUGUUAAUUGGAACCACUUUUUUGAUCAGUCAUGGUUUUGGUUCUCCUCAGGCCUGGGUACGGUUCUCCUAUUGAACCGAGCGAAGCUUAUCAGUUGCCGAGUCUUAUACUUCGUGUUUACAGUGUGACCGAGCGCACAAGCAGUAGUUCUCGACAGAUCACUGAAACACAUGUAAAACCCUUAGUCAAAGUAAUGCUGAAACUCUCCUUUAAAGCAUAGCGAAUAUAAGCCAACUCGAUAAUCUCAACUAAAGCCGAGAAGCUGCUGAACCGAAACAUGUUUGGAACCAUCCUCAUCGAGCACUGCAAUGCUCAUUUCCCGCGUGCUGAAGAUUACUGAUCAUGAUAUGUCACGUACGCAGUGAUAAUAUAACAUGAAACGAGGUGCAUCAUGGGAUACUAUUCGAUCGUCGUCUGACUCUAACCAAAAACAGAUUAUACAUAAACUAUUUAACGUCUGCUCAAAGACAUCAAAUGCUCACCUUACUUUAAAUACUUUAAAAUAGAGUACUUAUUACUUAUUAUUAUUGAGGUGCAAUAUUGUAAUGUAUUUUGGGAUACUUAUACUCAGACAAAAGUAACAAUUGCACAAAGUUAAUUUUUAAGCCUUCAUCGUGUCACGAACUCAUAAAUGACACAAAACAAGCUGUCAUAUAAUGUGGACCGAAGUUCGAAGUUCUAAGCUGAGCGAAAAAUUAAAUCUCCCAGCAAAUCAAAAAGAAAUUGAAAAAAGAGAAGAAAAUUAGGAAUAGAUUUUAGCUUUGACUGACAACACGUAAUUGUGACAGUGUGCCGAUAAAAGAUCAAUCCGUUCCUCAAUGUUCAUUACCUGCAAGCUCUCUGAGAAAAUCUCCCGCCUAGAUUUUAGCCGUGAAUCAAUUAAUGCAGUUAGGGGACAUUCCGUAAGUUUUUUUUAUAAGAAACUUCUUAAAAUCGCAUUUUAAUUUCAUAUAGAAAUUUUUCACAAAUAGCCGAAGCCGCGGGCCGAGAACCGGAUGCACACGGUCAACAGAGGUUUCUCUAAAAUAAGCCCUUGAAAUUACACAAGCUUAGAUCUCACCUCGUAUAUAUUGCACCAAGAAACAACGCUCAGAUCUGAAUAAACUCCGACAUAUGGUUAUCUUUUUCGCAUAGAUUAUUCAGCACAUGCACGGCAUAUUAUUUCUGAGAUGUCACGCGCGACUGAAAUCACGACUUCGCGCCGCGGUGAUGUGACAAAAGCACGUGAUAAACAAACCGUCCUUUGUCCUUUGCUCAUUUCAAAUUAUUAAACCGGCGGUUGCUGUGAGCUUAAAUGCGCUUGAUUUUACUGUUUGUUACGAUCUUACAAAAGUACACUUCAACUCUGCGGAUUGUCUGAACACGUAGAUGUUGCUUUUAUCUCGAAACAAAAAUGGGUAUGACUCCACAGCGACUGCUAUGCCCUCGAAAGGUUCUGGUUCAGGCGGUGCACGCGGUCUUCCAAGAGUCUUCUCUCAGUGUGAGUAUUAUAUACAAUGUUCCCUCUAUAUGCAUAACACUAAGACGCUCCAAUAUACUCCAUAUGAGAAACAAAUGAAGGGUAGUAAACAUUUAUAUACUCCCGCCUGUACGGCAAUUUUAGGUUUUACAGCAUUCCUUGCUCAGCCUCGCUGUUCUCGGUCACUUAAUGUCAUGUCUCCGGCCUCUUUCAUUCUCGCGUAAAUUUGAUGGUGUUAUGUUGUUCUUUAUUUUACCGGUAACGUCAGUAACGCUAUACCCUUUUGAAGCCAAAGAUUGAUAGCCUGUGUACAGACCCCCCCCCCCCCCCCCCCCCCCCCAACGGGCCCCCCCCAGACCUACCCCCUUUCCCCCCCCGCCGCUCUUCCCGUCUUUUGAUAGCCUGUGGUACGGCCCCCCCCCCCCCACUCCCCUCCGAUUUUUAUUGAGGGAAGGGGGUCUGUACACAGGCUAAAGAUUGAUUUGAGCAUUUCUAAAGACUUCCAUAAGAAUUUCCCGAGCAUUCUUAGGGAAAUCAACGUAAAGUAAUCGGCUAAGAGAUAAUUCUCGUAACGCAAAAAACCCUCCGUUAAAUCGCCCCUCCGAAUAUAAGCCCCCCGGGGGGCUUGUACUUGGAAUUUGCCCUCGAAUACAAGGUAAAACAAAGCAAAAAUGGUAAAUUUCCUUGCCACUACAAGCUAGCCCAAUCGAUUUUGAAACGCAAAAUUCCCUCCGUAAAUAAGCCCCUCCGAAUAUAGGCCCCUCCAUAAAAAGCCCCUCAAAAAGGGCCUUUGAAAAAUAUAAGCCCCGGGGCUUAUUUUCGGAAUUUUACGGUAUGCGUGCUAUUGCUUUUCUUCUUCUGUGGUAUUUUAAUACCAUUUUCAAAGUAUGUUUACUGUAUUUACAAAGACGAGUAUUUUACUAAAUUUCGAGACCGAUUAAACAGCUAUUAAAAUAUAUUUUGAAGUAUAACAUUUGAAUAGCGUUUUAAACAGGUUAAAACACCUUUCAAAUCAGUCGAAAAAUAUAUUACAAAUAUAUUUUUGCACCUAUUUUAAACCUGUUUUUUCAAAAUACGUUUAAAAUUGCCAUUAAAAAUAGUUUUAAAAUAGUAUAGCAAAUUAAAAUAUGUUUUUGAAACUGUUUUUAUCCUGUUUUUAUUCCGAUUUAUAAGGUAUUUAAGAGCGCCUGUCUGUAAAAAUCAGACAAAUUCAAAAUUUCAUGCACUGCAACGGUGGAAACUUCGAUUUCUUUCAUAUCUUAAUGUUUCAUAGGCCAGGGUAUAACUAAAAUCACUGUAUAGUUCUUUCGGUGAAAUAACCUUUUAUUUCAGAGAUAAAUGCAAAUAAGCAAAAUCCGUUGUAAAAUCGUCAUUUGAGGCGCUCAAUUAUUACAUGGGUUUGAAACAAGCCUCGCGUGCAAACACCGAUUACUCUGCCGUCUUUAAAACAUCACAGCCUUCUUUUAUAACUUCUAAAUAUCUGUUAAAAUCAUUUGGGGAGAUAGUGCUCUGUUCUUCGUAUACAAUAUAAUUUAAUUUCGAAGGCAUACAAUUUAUAUUUUAUUAGAUUUUCGAACAUUCACAAUUAUUCCACGAGGCAAAGUAUGAGGCUAUCCCUACCAAACGUUAAACAAAAUUUUCGGGGAAAAGGGCCUUUCUUUUUACUGGCGCAAAAAUUUUUAACAAUCUCCCUUUAAACAUUGUGAUCAGUGAAAACAUUCAAACGUUCUGCCGCCGAGCAAGACAUUUCUUUUUAUCAUAACUUUGAUACUUUAUUACUAUUUUAGACUUUAAAUGGGAUUUGGCAUUGUAUUUUUAGGCUUUUAAUGUAGUUCUUAAAUUCUAGUAUUGUAUUUUUAUUAGGCUUUUUAAAUGUAAUAGGUCAUGAAAAUUCUUGAUGUAAUUUAAUUUUUUUAAGAUACAGGGCCCCUAUGGAGACCAGCCUUUGAGCUGAAUGGGCUACCCUGUGUAAAUAAAGUUUUAUUUUACUUUACUUUAAAAGUAAUGCGUGAAAAAACAUAAUUUUCACCAAGUGCGAAACCUUCAAAUCGAUUAAGCUGCUUGUCGUUGAAUGUUAGAAGGAUGGUCUACAGAUUCCUGUUAAAUUUCUUUUGGAAAAUGAUUACUAGCGACGAGAGAGCUUUACAAAAUCUGUUAAGAAUAGUAUUUGUCCUGUGACUACGUUGACAGUUGGCGCGGUGUACAAUUACACGUUAAAAGACAAAGAUCAAACGACUCGAUAAUCGGGCUUAAAUGGCCUUUCGACUCGUCGUUUACAGCGGAUUUUAAGGUAAGAACAUUUCAAAAGGGUUUCCUAUCUGCUUAUUUUAACUUAAUGUGGGUUUAGACAAGUUAAGGCACUAAAUUUUAUGUCCGACUCGCAACUUCAAAGUUGACCGCGGAAGGUCAAAUAUCUGCAUUUUGAACAGAUUUUGUAAAGCUCUCGCGUCGCUAUUAAUCCUUUGCACAUAGAAAUUUUUACAGGAAUCUGUAGACCAUCCUUCUAACAUUCAACCACCAGCAGCUUAAUCGAUUUGAAGGUUUCGCACAUAGUGAAAAUUAUGUUUUUUCACGCAUUAUUUUUACUGAAGUAAAUUGUAUACCUUCGAAAUUAAAUUAUAUUGUAUACAAAGAACAUGCUGAGCACUAUCUCCCCAAAUCAUUUUAACAGAUAUUUAGAAGCUGUAAAAGAAGGCUGCGAUGUUUUAAAGACGGUAGAGUAAUCGGUUUUUGCACGCGAGGCUAAAAUCCAUGUAAUAAUUGAGCGCCUCAAAUGUCGAUUUUAACGGAUUUUGCUUAUUUGCAUUUAUCUCUGAAAUAAAAGGAUAUUUCACCAAAAAAAACCAUACAGUGAUUUUAGUUAUACCCUAGCCUAUCUAACAUUAAAAUAUGAAAGAAGUCGAAGUUUCCACCCUUGCCGCGAUAUGUUUGAUUUUUACGGACAGACGCUCUUAAAAACUGUUUUAGACCUGUUUUGAGCCUUGCAAAAAGCCCUGGAAUUUUUUAUAUCUUUUAAAAGAAUUUUAAAAUACUUUAAAAAUUCUUUUUAAAAGCGUUUUAAACAGGUUAAAACACCUUUAAAAGCAGUCGAAAAAUACGUUAAAAAUACACUUUUCACCCUAUUUAAAACCUAUUUCACAAAACAGGUUAAAAACAGUUUUCAAAAAUAGCUUAAAAAUACACUCAAAACAGUGCUGGAUUUGGUAAGUCAAGUAAAAUUCAUCAACGACAUUCCUCAUAAAAGCAUUUUUUUAAAUAUUGGUCCUAUGGAAGCUCGUCAGUCUCUUGGGAUUCGUUUCCACGCGAAGUGAAAACACAGUUGUGCUUAAAAUACCCAGGAUUUGAGAGAGUUUAUUUAUUUUAUAUUAUUUAUUUUCAUUCUUUUUUAACUGUAUCUACUAGAUAUUGACGAAUGUAGCAGUUUCCAUGGCUGUCAGGAAAAAUGUAUCAAUACCGUAGGUGGCUACCAUUGCGAGUGCUCAAGAGGAUAUAGAUUAAAAGACAAUCAAAGAACAUGUAAAGGUAAACUUAUUAUCAUUCACUCGAAAUACUCCACAGUCGCCGUUUCUGAUUGGCUCCAACCCCUGGAUUAUUUUUCAUAACCAACUUACCAUAUUUGGAAGAUGCAAGCAAUAUACCAUCGAUUCGAUGGUAUCUUUGUGUAGUGGAUUUUGCUACUGGGCUAGUGAAUUAUGUUCUUAACUAGCUCGAUGAGCAACUGAAAUUCAAUUUAUAGAACUGUAAUUAAUGUUGGUGGUCAAGAAUUUUUUAAGGAGAGGGGGUCAAAAUCAACUUCUAGCGAGUACAUGCUAACUACCACUUACCAAAAAGGCCAGCCUGAAAACUGAAUUUCUGUGCAUCCUCAAUAGCCAAGAUUUUGCGUUUGUCUUCCAUAUAGAUAUUGAUGAAUGCAAAGCAGAAGAUCUAACUGGCACCAAUCACACAGUUAAACUGGCUCUCUGCCAGCAGCUUUGCACAAAUAUCCCAGGAAGCUAUCAAUGUUCUUGCAGAGAUGGAUACAGUCUAACGUAUGACAAGAAACGUUGCAUAGGUAACUUGCACCUUCCUGUAAUUCAAGCUAAACCGACUUGGUAAUAUAAUGUGUAAUUGAUUUAAAUUGAUUUAAAAAGGCGUCUAUCGAGGUUUGAAUUCUACCUCAAGGGACGGACCAUAAAAAAAAAGUGUUAGACGAAAUGCGACGUGCAUUACACGACUAACCUUAAUUACAACGAGACGAAUAAGAAUUCUCUUUCACUAGUGUUGACGAGAGAGCGUUUUGCUUUUCCAAACGGUUACAAGCAUUUUCCACGUUAUCUAAAACGUCACGAACUGUCUCACUACGAUCUACACUUUCUUGGGUAUGAAAUUUGUAAAUUUGUACCAAACAACAUACCAAAAUUUAGUUCACGAGUGCAUCCCUUCCUGGGAACCUAGGGUUUAAGUUAACUGAAUAGCUUCACAUCUAAAACGAGGAGGAAGGUACCUCCAUGUUGUUUACCUUGUUUCGAUAAAUGGGACAUUGGCUGACAAGUCUUUUAAGUUUGCCAAGUCGAUGAAGAAUGUCUCACGCUUUCGGAAGCUAACAAAAUUAGAUAUUGCCAAGGCAAGGGCGUCCUUUGCUGAAUCUGAACUAAGGCCUUGGCCAAACGUUCAACUUUGCAUAAGACGAAUCAAACCCUAAUUUGGUUCGACCUAAAUUAAGUUAAGAUCCGUCUGUUGAGUCGGACGUCGAACUUAGGACGCCUCGAACCAAUCAACUGAAGCAAUUAAUUCAAAGAACAGUUUUAAUCAAUUUUCUCUCGAACGAGGCUAAAUACAAAUUUUUUGUCUAUUUGUUUAGUUCGUUGCAUGUGAAGAUCGACGUUUUUCCCGGAGACGAUCUGCAGACGUUCUAUCGGCCUGAAGCUAAGGGAUAGAACGCAUUGAACGAUCCAAACUCAUUCACACGUACUUUUAAAAGAGCGACUGUCUGAAUAUCGACCAAACUCAGCUUUUCGUGGCACAAGUUCAAAAUUCGAAUUUCGCUCAUUUUUGGCUUAUCGAUAACCUUUACUGCGCUUUUCACAAAUAUGCGAACUCUAAAGUUCAAAUGCCGCCUUCACAAUUGCGUUUUUCGCUGCCGUCAAUCAUAAUUACGAUCACAAGCAACGAACCUUGAAACACAGAAAGACACAAAACGGGUCGAAAUCCACCAAUCACAAAUCACAAACCUUGACCUUUUGAACCCGUUAAAGUAAAGUUUUGUUUCCUAAGAGGUCCGUUAAGAUGAUUGACGGCAGCGAAAAAUGCAAUCGUCAGUUGGCUUUUGAACUUCAGAAUUCGCAUGUUUGCGAAAAGCGCAGUAAUGAGUAAUGAAACAUGCUGUAGUUAGUUUUCCUAAAUAACGUGUUCCUUUUGUCAAAAUUCGAGAAAACUCAUUUUGCCCGUUCGGAGCGCAAAAUCCACUUCCGGUAAAGCGAAAUUUUACACAAAUUUCAUUGACUCGUACGUCAAACCGUAACGAUUUGGCAGCCUUUGAAGAACACGAAUAGUUUUCGUGACCCCUUCUUUCUUAUAAGACGAUAAAUUUGUGAAGGCUGUAAUAAUUUUGUGGCCAAAAAGGUAUUGUUAAAAAUAGGCCCUAUUGACAAUUUCUACAUUUCAAAAUUAUAGGGAUGAAAUAAUGCAAAUUUUUACGAUGCGCUAUAACUUAGAAUUUCGCAAAUUCACUUUCUACGGCUUAACUGGGCCCCAGUCUAUCAGAAAAUCGAAACAAAUCUCUGGGCAAACGACUUUAAGUAUAGCCCGCAAGACCUCGAGUUCAACCCUUAUUUUGCAAAACAUCGCGACAUUGCAGUGGUUAAAAAUAGCGUUACGCAGCCCGUCACGCCUGCGAUGUUAACGAAAGAUAUACUUUCUAUUCAACGUUGAUAACAUGCCAAAUUCCAGCAUACAAUCUAUAUUACAUCUUUCAAUACGACUUAUCUCAUUUAGAGGAGUCAUUUCGUUUGGAUAUAAUACAUAGUGCAGAAUUGCCCUAAAGUCGGCUUUUUUGAACGACGUCGAAAAAACGUCGGCGACCGAGCCCAACGAAAACAGACUUUAAACAAGUACAAUGGUGUGUUUUAUUAAUUUAAGCAUCCGUAAAAAGGCAUAAAUAUGUUAAAUUUAAGACGGAGACAGCCAAGUUAACUAAUUAGAACACUUUCUUUUUCUUGCGAGUUUUCUCUUUCAAGUAAUUGCCCCCGCAGGGCCGGAACCCGAGGAGGCACCCUAAUGUCUCCCGCGUAAAGUAAAAGUAUCGUAUCGUCGUAGUGUUAGUAUGCGCAAUUUUCCCGAUUUGAUGAAACUAGGCGCGCACGGUGGUCCCGGUUAAUUUUCAGCGUGUGCGCAUGGCUCAGCAACCGCGCAAACUGGGUUUGUCAACGAGUCGCAUUCGCCGAAUUGUGUCACACACAAGCACAACAAGUGGCUCCAAAUCCUCGCCCAGGAGGAUUGUCCACCGAAACUCCUCUGGAGCGAGAACGUCGACUUCAAAUUCAGCGUGAACAACGAAGGAGAAGACGUCAACAAGAUACCACGGAGCAGAAGGAACAUCGAUUAGCACAGCGAAGGCAACGCCGACAGCAAGAUACAGAGGAACAGGAGAUUGGAAUCAGAGGAAUUAUGAUCGUUUUACACUGUCGAAAACCCGGAUUUCUUAGUUUGCCGGUCUCCCCGCAGAUAUAUAGAUCAAAGGCUGCAAAGUUUCAGCUCUGUAUUACGGCCCGAAGAAUAACAAUUUUCAGGCGAACUGCACCGGGCCAUGAUUUGUUCUUUGUUUUUGUCUUUUUAUAAAUCCGGACACCGAAAUAAUGCUAAAUCUGCUUUUCAAUACACUGUUAACAAUAACACCACGUAAUACGCAAAAAAAGAAGAAGAAGGAAAGAAAGAACAACGUAUGGACCGUUAAGACGAUAUUCGCGGUUGGUCACCCAUCCACUUCGUAACCCCGACCGACAGGGCUUAACUUGAGUGCCGUUACCAGGGUUAGUUUAUUGCGAAAUCAUUUAUAUCAGAUGCGUUCAAGAAUGUCACACUCGAAUUCAAAGCAUUCGUUCGACACAUUAGUUAUAGGACAUUUAUAUUAUUAGGGCUCUAUUAGUUACAAAUAAAUAAUUAAAGAUGGUUUUGUUGUUUAACACGCGUUCUAUUACAUUUGCAGUGUUGGUUGAACUCAUUAUGGGAUGUAUAAAAAAUAAUUUUCCAUCCUAAGCAUGACAUGUAUCUGGAUUUUCAUUAACCCAGGAAACGAAGUGUAAUAAUUGAGAAAACAGAAAACAAAAGAAUUCCACUCAGAAACUCUAAUACGAAAACUGCAUUUCAAAGGUUCAUGGCAAAUACAUGGACAACCACAAGGAGUCUUCAUUCGGGUUUUAAAAGGUCGGGGGCAGAUUUAGUGACAACUAUGACUAGUUAUGUAUAAGUAUACAUGAUACAUGACGUUUCAAUGUAUUACUAUCACGCUUAUAAAGGUACUUUGUAACGAACGUUUCAGAAAAUAUUUUAACUCGUUUCGAUCGACGAUGAAACACCAUCGUCAAAAACAAAUCGCCUAAAACUUUCCUCUUCAGCAAAACGGAAAAUAGAAAAAAAAGUGGCGUUUGACUAAUGCUAAAGCAGGAAGCGUGAGUAUGAGCUUUUAAAAUGUCAAAUGCUCCUACAUGGAAAUCUACAGAUUCCUUGCAUCGACAUUGGAAAAAACUCUCUAGCCCACUAUGAACUAGCCUGUUGCAGGCGUAGUGGACAGUGGAUAGUGCAUAGUGGACAGUGGCGCGAAAUGGAGAACAGAGGAAAACAAACGUGGAAGAGAGUAAGAGGGAGAGAGUAGGAGGAGGAGAAGAGGUUCUUUCGCCCUCUCUCCAAAACCCCGCCCCUUCGCCGUUUUUUCUAGCUCACUUUUCUUUCCGUUUUCCUAACGAUCUGAAGGCCUGUUACAGGUUAUUGCGCAGGUUAUCGUGCAUUCCUUCAUUUCCAACCUUUUAUGGUAUAUAUUCAACUUGAGCGUCGAGCACUUUUGGCGCUUUGUUAUUGAUCAGCAGAAACGGAUUUGGUAGUACUAACUUUUUAACUGCUUUUUGACAGUGAAACUGUCAUUUUUUUCUUUCUUGUUUUCUUUCUAUUAUUUUUUCUUUGUCAAUUUCUAUCGUAUUUUUAGACGUAUUUUUCGCUUCUCUCCCCAGUCUCACUCACUCUCCUCUCCCACCCCCGUCUGCUCCAGACAGGAGGGCAUGACCAUUUGUUUUGCUCCAGACCAUUCGUUCGAUUAUUCGCGCGUUCUUGGCUUAAGCAAAAAGUACGGGCUGUUUUUUGGUCUGAAAGACUUUUGCACUGAUUGACGUUUUAGUGUCAUGGAAACUCUAGCUGUAAUACUGAACUGCAGAUGACAGGUUAAAAGACUGAAAGUUCAUUUCAACAGCGUUUGGAAAGAGAACAUCGUCUUUUCCGCAAAAGAAAAGAAAUAAAUAAAUAACAAUAAAAAUAGGGAAACAAAAUAGAGUAUAAUACUAAUCUUGUAACGAACGAAUGGGAACACCUAAAAAGGAAAGACAGACUUGAGGAACUCUAUCUUUCCUGCAGCCCUCUUUUCUCAUCCUCCCUAGCCUUAGUCCAUGAAACUUAGACACCCAUGGUACCCUCUAGAACGUCUUUCCUCAUGCUAUAUAUACUACGGAUAAGCCCCUUUGAAGGCACUAAUUGAAAGUCUGGGUAGUGGUUAUGCUGCUGAGGCCUUCAAACCCUGACUCUAUUUAAGACAAAAAGAGUCAUUUCACUACCCUCUUUUCAUUUUUCAUAAAGAAUUAAGUAAUAAAGAAGACGGAAAAAAAUGAAAAAAGAAACACAGUUUACUGUUGAGAUUUUUUAAAAGUUUGUUGGUACCGCACUUGUAGACGGCGCACCAGCCGCCAAUGUCUACCCCCUGUUCAAGGCCUUUCAUCUACAAAAAUACCAUGUUCAAGACGCUUGGAAUUGUAUAACCUGUUCAAGAAUCAAGGCCCCAAAAACCUUACCUUUGUCUUUGUCACAAAACCGAAUUAGACUGAGAGCCUUAGUCUGCUUUACGGAAGUACCAUGUAGAUCUCCGGAAGAAUUGUUUGCAGCCAGCCCUCAAAACCCCAAGAGACUUCGCCUGUCGCUGGUCAAUGAAGGCUACUCCAAAGAACUGCUCCAGAAAAACUAUUUUUCUUAACAUUUGUCCGGAGUAGAGGAAAAGCGAGUUUGCUGUUGCAACGAUCUGCCAUUGCAUUUGCCACGAUCUAUUAGAAAAAUGCACUUCACAAGGCCCCUCAAGGUAUUGAAGAUACAUGACGCAUUCACGGUUUGGGCAAAUGGUGAACAGAAUUCAGGACUGACGAAUUUUGAUUCCGUUCGAUAAUCGCGUUUACCAUUUGCCUAAGUCAAUUUCGUUUAACGAAAAACGGCCGCGAAAGCCUGAAACUAAUGUUCAAAAAAGGUUUGAAGACAUGAAAUCCGAAUUUCCGCCUGGAAUUUUCCAACCGGGAAAACAGGGAAUGUGUUUUCAGACGUUCCGUUUGUUUCAGAAAUUUUCCACUGAAACGUCGAAAACAACCCGAAACUGAGUUAAUAAUAAGCCUAGCAAAGCACCAAAGUGUCUUCUUAGUUUUUUUUAAUGGGUCAUAUUUAGAGUCAUGCACUAGCUUCAUGAUUCAUACACGUUGUCAUACAAGUAUAUAGGCUCCUCUUUGGCAUCCACGUACCUUCUUUUUUUUUUUUUUUUUCAGUUGAGAGCCCGCAAGGGUAAAAACUUCUAAGAGAACUAUUGCACUAAUACUUAGUCGAAAAUAUUUAAUUGCUUCAAGGAAAUUGGUUUUUAUAAACCGAAUGGCAUUGUUUGGCGAUCAUUUAAUUCGUAAAUAUCCCGCAGUGCAAAAAUUCAUUCAGUAAACAGUUUUAGUUUUUCGAUUUUUUCCUGUUUAUAUACCAUUUUUUGAGGGAAAUCGCCAGUCUGAAACUGAACGUGAACGUGUGUGACGCUAUCCCGGGGACGCAAUAUGUUGUAUCGGAAGAAAAUACUACAGUCAAUGAGAAUGAUAGGUUUACUGAAAGAUGUAAUUUCGAAUUGGUUUUUAAUCUGCCUUUAAGUAAAUUGUUUAAAGCGUAUCUAUCGGUGACACUGGCGUGACGGGCCGUGUCACGCUAUUUUUAACCAUGCGAAUGUCGCAAUUCUUCGCAAAAUUAGGGUUGAACUCAAUGUCUUGCGGGCUAUACUUAAAAUCGUUUGCUCAGAAAUUUGUUUCGAAUUUCUUAUAGAUUGGGGCCUAGUAAUGCCGUAGAAAGUCAAUUUGCGAAUUUCUAAGUUAUAGCGCGUGGUUAAAAUUUGCAUUAUUUUAUCCCCAUAAUUUUAAACGGUAAAAAUUGUCAAUAGGGCCAAUUUUUAACAAUACCUUUUUGGCCACAAAAUUAUUACAGCCUUCACAAAUUUAUCGUCAUAUAAGAAAGAAAGGGUCAUAAAAACUAUUCGUGUUCUUCAAAGACUGCCAAAUCGUUGUAGUUUGACGCACGAGUCAAUAAAAUUAAUGUAAAAUUUCGCUUUACCGGAAGUGGAUUUUGAGCCCCGAACGGGUAAAAUGAGUUUUCUCGAACUUAACAAAAGAACACGUUAUUUGGGAAACUAACUACAGCGUGUUUCAUUACUCACUAAGGGUUAUCGAUGAGCGAAAAAUGAGCUAAAUCAAAUUUUAAACUUGUGCCGACCGUGGGUCGAUAUUUAGGGAAAGCCACUCUUAAUUGAGCCAGACGUCAACCUUUUCGUUAACUAAACACACUAAGUCUUCGUUCACAUUAUACCGAAUAGCUUUUCGUGGCGCCACGAAAAGCUAUCACAGAAAUCGCGCCUCCACAGCCAUUUUUAUGUGUAAACAGAAGCCCCAUCCGGUAUGGUUUUCGUGGCGGCGCAAAAGCUAUUCGGUAUAGCCUGAGUUUGGUUGGUCUGAUGAAAAGUUCGUUCGACGUUUUGCCUAGGCCUAAGUGCACGAUUUUCUGGCGAGGCUACAGUGCUUCCUGGUGAUGUUGAUGCUACAGCUACCCUAGUUUGUUCGUGCUCAUUAUCAGUGUGAUAUCUGCACAAGGAUCAGAAUCAAGAACUGCCACAACCUUUUCAAUGUAUACUUCUCUGAUUUCUUUGCCGUUUUUAUGCGUCGUUUACAAACGUAGCAAAUCUUCACGACGGUGAACGUGACCAAUGAAUACCAUGCUGAAUUACUGACAUUGAACUGGCAAAAACAGACAUAUAUUUGAAAAUGUUCUUAUCAUUGCUAACCCAGCUGAAAGCAAGUUAUAAAGUAUACAAAUACAGAUCUUUUACCGAAAAAAGUAACUUAUCAAGAAGUCAGGAUGGCUUCAUCAGUGCUCUGACGGAAAGAGCGUUGUUUGCAGUUGUUACACAGGUUGGUCGAAUGUCGCAAAAGCCUGAUAUUUUAAUGUCGAAAUAUGACCAUAAAAGGAAUAAAUUUUAUUUCAAUAACCUGCUUUCUUCUAUUCAAUUUGCCUCAGACGUCGAUGAAUGCAUGGUAGGAAAGCAUAAUUGUGAUGGGAAAUGCCAAAACACCAUUGGAAGUUACCGCUGUUUAUGUAGUGUGGGAUACAAACUUGGUGCUGAUGGUAGAACUUGUGAAGGUAACAAGUUAAAUUAUAUUUCUUUCAACAAGAAUUUUUUGGAACAUAAGGUUAUCGAACUCGGUAUUUUGAUAACUUUAGUUCCUAUGGCGCGUUUUCAGGGUCGAUAUUAAGUGUAUGGUUAUACCACACCAAUUUGAUAACCGAAUAGAUUGUUAUUCUACGUCAUGAUUUUCAGUCUUUGACCACUGCAUGGUGACAUACUGUCUUGCAAUGGAAUCCUAUCGUUGCGUAAUGAAUUUUAAAUCUGGUUUCCGCGCAUGUAUCCUUACUUUUGAAAUCUUUUCCCAAAUGGACAUCAACGUAUCAAAGUUAUGGCCAUCGAUAUGCCAUAACGCAUGAGGGCCACUUACACAGUGGACUGCUCUGGGCAUUAUUGAUCGCCACCUCAUGGCAACACCCUCUGGAUCAGUUCUAUGCAUUGCUUGUCUUACUCUUCUCUGGGAAACCUUGAUUCCCUUUAACAAGACCUGUGACUGAAUCGUUUAGUACCCUGCAUUGCGGAACAGUCUCUGUAUACUCUGCACAACUGCGUCAGUAUAAUGGAGCUUUUCUUCUCAGUGAAGCUCAUACUCCCAUAGUCUCUUCUUCACUGUACUUUUAAACACAUACUCCAAGAAUCUAUGCAAUGACAGGAAUGGUGAUUUCGUUCUCAAUGUCCAUCCAUGGGCGGCCUACACACCAGGAGGGACUCACACCAGUACUUGCGUCAACAUUCUGACAGGGAAAGUUUCGAUCUGUCUCGAUCUGUAGUCUUGCCACGAUGUCAAGCUCAGUCCGCACUGCAUCGUAGGAGAAAGAGUUGCUGUAGCCAGAACAAAACAUAAUCGGCUACGUCUUCACUGAUAUCCUGCUGCAACCUUUGAGAAAAAUCCAAAAGAACCUGUCUUAUAUUGUUUACAAACUGUGUUAUGCUGUUUGGUUCACCGCCAAUUUUCAUACUGGCCCAGUAGCCAUGCACGCUUGCUUCCAGUCUCUUUACGCGCCCUGUCGGGUAGCUCGCUGAUUGCAAGUUUGCAAGUCCGUACGACGAAAGUGGAUUCAAAAGUCACUGCGAGUAGCGUUUCCUGUUGGACUUUUGGGGGAAGUGCAUCAGUCAAGAGCAUGCAUUCUCAAAAUUGACUAGAGUGAAGUAGGCGAUGAUUUCAUAGCUCGUAUUUAAAAAAAUACUUCUGUUGUUGAAAUGAUGAAAUAAUCCUACUGCUACACAUUAAGCAUUAAGUAAGCGUGCCUUUAGAUUUCAAAAUUGAUAAAUUUUAAAAAAAAUUGUACCUAUAAAAAUUGCUUUAUUUGUUUUCAUCAUCACAUAAUGUUGCUACAGUAAGUACAUCUUUCGUAAGUGAGCGUGGAAACAUGUGGGAGUAGAUUUCAAAAGUAAGGAUGGAUGCGCGGAACCCAUUCUCAAAUUAACUUCGGUAAGAGGUGCAGAUAAAAGUCAUGACGCAACGAUAGAAUUCCAUUGCAAGGCAGCAUGUCAACAGAGGUCAUUAACUGAAAAUCAUCACGUAGGAUAAAAAUACGGUUACCAUACACUUUAUUUUGACCCAGGAAACGCGCCAUAGCAGUUCAUCCGUUUAUUAAAUUUCCUAUUAAGCAAAAUGUAUUUCUUCUUGCAGCCCUGUUUUUCAGUUCUUUAAGGCAGUAUCUCUCCUGAAUAAGUGCCCCACAGAGAGAUAAUUAUAUGCAUCAGUAUGCGUCCAUGUCUCCCGCAAGUCAUUCUCAGACCUGAGAAGUUUAACCCAUUCGCUCCUGGAGAUUUUGCCGAAAAACGCGUUUUGAAGCUAGUCGAGUGGUUUUCUGGUCACUGUCGUGCUAUAAAGAGCUAAAACUUACCACAAACCGGUUUACAGGUCGUACACUUCACGGCCUUCUGAUCCAGAUGCAAAAUAUCAGCUUGCGAAGUUCGGGCAUGCGCAGAAAGCAAAAUUUUUUUGGGUGGGGGGUUUAAAAGUGACACAGUAGUCUUGACUUUUACUUUUCGCUUUCUCUCCUCCCUUCUUUUUUCGCUUUUCUUGCCUAAUUUUUUUUUUCUCUUGCUGGGCAUUUAUUAGGCUUCAUUUUGGUGGGAAGAGGUUUUAGGAAAGCUUUUAUGAUCUUAGGAUUAGGUGAAAGGAAAGGUAGGUGGGCAAUGGAACAAGAUUUUCAUGGAGAUUUUCAGGUCAAUGUCACGUGGUUUUUUUGCUUCUUUCUCCGGUGUCCUUGACUGAAUUGUGCUCAUUCUGGUAUGGUUUGAAAGAUCUCUUCACUCUGCACAAGUUAGCGAAGAAAGUUGUCCUUGACCGUUAAAACUGAUGACGUCACAAAGGGUAGAAAGGACCUGGAUCCGCACGGGCGGUUACGGGCGGUUCAGGGGCGAAUGGGUUAAAGUUUUCUAAAAAACACAAGUGUUUUUCAUUUUACCAAGAACACUGUGCAAUAGAGGUUGUGCUAUACAAGGCUAAAUUAACUUUCAUUUAAAAUUUGUUAUACUAAUAUAAUCUUAACGUUGUUCUAGGUUUGCCUUGUGAACACGUUACUGCGCCUGUUUAUGGUAAGAUGACUUGCACCGGCCUGGUUACAAAUUCCACAUGUUCUUUUUCCUGCAGUCCCGGAUAUAGUCUUUCUGGCUCUCAGACCCGAAUUUGCCUAGCUUCAUCAAGGUGGAGUGGAAGCAGGACAUCUUGUGAAGGUACCACGUUUCCCCAAAGCUUUAUAAGUAUGGACGUGCUAUUUUUUGUGGUGCCCCAACUUUUACCUCUACUGUUUUGCUCUGUUUAAGGUUUUACUUUGCCGGUCCGUUUUUUGUUUCAGUUUAUUAAAAUUUCAAUUGCAACUUCAGUUAAACUAUUAUUCGUUUCUAGACCACUACCAAUCCGUUUUUGAAUCUCCUGUAUGUGCAUGUGAGAGCGGAGAGGUUCGAAAAAUGGGGAGUUUAAAAUACGGUGUACCACUAAGAAAGAGGGGCCAGUUUUGGUCCGAAUAUGGGGAGUUCCUCGAAACUGAGAAAAAAAAAAUAAAAGCUCCAAAGUUGUCUGGAUCCUCGGAAAUGCUACACAGCUCACACUUUAUGCUGCUUUCACUAAGGCCUCAUUUAUAAAAAGUUGUACCGGAAGACAGGGUCACUUUCCCAGUCGAUCGAGUGAACUUUAGCGAGCAUUUCAUGAAAAAAAAAUUUGACUCCUUUGCCCAAGCCAACAGCGUUCGUGCUCGCUCUGGUUGUCUCGCCUUGACUUCUGAUUUUGUAACCAUCAAAACGGGCUUUUAAACAGUAUUGGCUUUUUAAGCAUCUUUUUUUCUUACUACCCUUCACCUGUGCCCUUGUCGUGUUUUAGUCAUUUUAAUUUUGUUAACCGUUACUUUUUUCAGCUAAACACUGCCCAAUACUGAAGCCGAAUGGGACAGGGCAUUUUCUCUCGUUACCAUGCUUCACCUCAUUUGGCUCAAAGUGCUACUUUGGGUGUGCCUCAGGUUACAUCAUGGAAGGAAAGGGACAAGCAAGCUGCAGCUAUGAGUCUAAAUCUGGCAAAGUCACCUGGAAAAUAGAUCCAUAUACCUGCAAAGGUAGAACCCCAGCUUUGUGGCGUUUAAUUUCCUCGGAAUCAGUGGCAAAAGCCUUUCAAACUAUUUAAUUUGGAACAAAAAAAUUGUCUCUUUGAAACUCUCUGUCUGCUCCAUACUGUUAGAUUGCUUAUGCGUUUGAUUUACUAACCUUUUUUUAUUUUUAUUAAACAGAACUUAAAAGCUGCACACCAAACCCUUGUAAACACGGUGGAAAAUGCAUCGUCCAAGACCAAAGCUUUUCAUGUGACUGUCAAGGAACUGGUUACACAGGAAGCGAGUGUCAAAAAGGCGUGGUCACAACACCAGUUUUUCCAAAGUUAUUUGCAGGCUCCAAGUCCAAAACCCUUUACCUAUCUGCUCGGCCCUCCAAUAAGCUGAAAAUUAUCCUCAUGGCCGAAAAUGGGGUCGUUUUUUAUCCGUCGUCCUCCCUCGACAUUAUAUUUCCAGAAAGCAAGCAAAAAUUCUUUGUUGAAGCAGAAAAAGCAGGCAUCAGAAGAAUUUCUUAUGGUUUGGAAGGUCCCAAUAAAGCUGAGUUUGAGGCCCCUGGGCAACGCUUUUUCUUGGUCACACCUCGCGUGAUGAUCAAUGACAGCAUCUAUUCAAAGUUGUUUCUCCCUAAAGGAGAACUCCCACUUGGAUGUAAUGAUCACACCUCCAGAACCCUAUCAUGCAAAGUACGGUUCAUUUCAACAAGUGGAUGGACUGGCAGUUCACCUUCCACCGAGGGAAUUGUACAUGUAAUGACUUCUUCUAAUCAGUUUAUACCACUGUCGUUGGUUGGUUUAAAUUUUGAUGGCCUUACAAUUUCUAAAACAUCGUUAAUUCAAACAGCAGCUGCUCGCACUUCAUCCAGUGGUGUCCUCAGUGAUUUCAUUAUAAACAAUGGUACGUGCUUUCAACAAGAAUUGAGUUCUGAUAAUCUCCUGGAAGUAAUGAACGAUGAUGCCCUCGUGUCUUCCUUCAUGCGCACGUUUUCCCAGAUGACUCCUAAAUGGUUGCAUCUUGCCACCAACGAGGAAAACAAAGCGUUUGACAUCCACAACAUCAAAGUAAAUCUGGCGAUCGAAACAUCACUUAAAGAGAAACACUGCGCAGACUUUCCGCUCAAUCCAUUAUCAACCAUUGCUUACUUUCGACCAACAGCAGAAUACGAGGUUCGUGUUUCCGACGAUGCAGUGUCCCUGUUUGCGGAAGGAAACACUUGCUUUGCAGCAGACAUUUGCAAGCAAUCUGUCUUUAUACACUUUUCCAAGCACUCAGCCAAUGAGUUAAUUAAGCUUGCGGCAUUUCAAGAAAUGAAAGAUAAAGGCGUCGAAAUCCGAGUUGACUCAGUUGGUGUUUUGGAGAGUCCAGACAUUUAUGAUGUUGAAAAUAGUGAGAUUUGGAAUGGGACACACCUGGAUAAGGCAUCGCCCUUCAGUUACAACAUGUGGUUAAAGGGAGACGUGGCUUGGAAGAUGCAGAUACCAGCAAAUCUAGAUGUAACGCUUCACAUAGCGGGAGAGGGUUAUCUUCAUUACGACAAAAUUGACGACGUAAGUGCAUAAUAAAAUUAGAAAUAAGUUUCUCGCAAAACCUUAUUCUCAUGGAUAAGAGGACCACUAGGUAGGGCUACAAACUGGAUGGGCCCAGAGGAACAAGCCGGGAAUGUCCUAUCUUGUAGACUCCUUAUGAUUAUGAUUACUAUUACUUUUUUUUUGUUUCGCAUGCGCAUAGCUAAUUCGCGUGUAGCUUCGUGCAAUCAAGUGUUUGAUGCAAAACGUUCGAGAUCGACAAACCUUUUAUGUACUUUCUUUUCGGCGAAAAUGAACAAUGUGAGUUUUAACUCACAUGUGUAAACUCAGGCGUAAAUCACACGCCAUGUUGAAACAUUUCACUCACGUGUCAUUCUGACACAGUCUGCGAAAGGAAAAAAACUGCACAACAUAUUGCAAAGGUGUUGUGCAGAAAAACAUGUCUGAAUAAAACUUCAGGGAAACAUGUAAAAGCACUUUUUAUUCAAGAUAGCCUAUGUUAUAGGAUCUCCCUGGGGAAAGAGUGAAAUAAUCACCCUUUCCCUUCCCUCUUCUCGCGAUUUUUUCACCCUUUUCUCAAACCGACAGCCUGUUCAUAGUGACUGAAAGUUUUCCGAUAACGUUUUUUUUUUUUUUGAAGCAAGGCUUUUCCUAAUUAUCCUCAACAUUUACCGGCAAUCACUAGAACUGUGUAUUUUCUAAGAAUUUCCUCUUUCCAUUUUCAACCAGAAAAUCAAUUUAAGCUUCAAACGCGAGUCCAUUGACAUCUUCUCUCAUGACUUGAAAUAAUUAAAUUUUCGUUUUACGCAAAAACAAAACUAGAACGAGCCAAAAAUCUUUGAUGCAGCUUCUGUAAGCGAGUAGGUGAGGUGGCAACCUGCAUGCUCAACUUUCACUUUCGUUGAAUUCCAUGGUAAAGCUUUCCCCAAUCCAAAAACGAAAUAAACAAACCAGCUUCGAAAAUAGAACAAUCUUGAUAACAGCUGUAUUUCAUUUUGUGGCGGCAGUGGAAGAACACGAAUAGUUUAAAUUUGAAAAUUAUGUUAAAAGAUUUUUCCUGUAGUCAGCGGUAAGAGCCUGCAUCCAUCGAUGAAUCCCUUUGCGACACUUUCCUAGACGAAAAACCAAAUAUACAACUCAGUUUUGAAAAACAGAAAAAGAAACUUGACAGUAGUUGUAUUUCAUUUUGUGGCGGCAUUACAAGAAUACGAUAAUUUUAAAACAUAACUGAAAUGAAAAAAGGCUCCAGUUGUCGGCAAACAAAUUUCUAGAUGCUGUGUUUCCACGUAUGAAUUGAUAAAUUCAACUGUCUCAGCGUUUUGAUGGGGCUCCUCGUUGUUCCUAAAGUGUGACCAAAAGUGUGACCAACCAAAAAGCAAAGCUUUAGAAAUAUAUGUUACCUCUACCUCCCAAAGAAUGUACGGCCGGCCCGCGGGCGUACGCUGGCGUCAUAACAAAAUUUUCGGGCAUCGAGAUGUUUCCAAUCUUCUUUUACAACUGUAAGUAUCGGGCUAGCGCGCACGGACGCUCAGCUAUAUAGAACAUAUGGCCGGCAGAUCGACACCCUCAACCGACAGCAGAUGUAAACUCGUCUGCAAGGAAACACGAAAUCCAAAUGUUUUCUUGGCUCUUUACGUUUGAGCGGGUUGAUCCAAAUCACUUUCAUGAUUUUCCCUGCCUAAUACUUCUACCGUCAAAAUUCAUCACCAAACAUAUUUCCUGAGCGCGCUAACCGAUAGCCGCACUGACCACGUUUGAGGGGGUUUUGUUGCUAGCUAACUGAAGUGAACACCAGGGUGGUUCGUUUUACAUAUAAGGUCAAUAUUCGAACAUAUUUAGUCCAAUUUAACUGUUAUUCUUGUAAUUGCUCUUGCAACAGUUAUUUAUUGAUCGUCUAACUCGACCACUGGACAUGCUACUUAAAGGAAAAGCCUCCGUAGUUAUUGAAGGAAGAACUCUGGGUCAGGACUUCAAAUUAGAACUAACUUCUGUGGGCAUGAUAGGAAAAGCCAAAUGUGGAGGUAAAGUUUACUGUCAUUUCUAGUCAGAAAUUUCUAGGCUGACUGUCGCUGUCUUGAGGCCGCGAGGAUUUUCCUAUAUAGUGGAAACAACAUGGAUGCCCUCAUUAGACGCAAUUUGCCCACCUAACCUUAGGGAAAGAAAUUUUGUCUCGUUUUAAAAAAAUCUCAAACAUUUAUUAAAAAUUAAGAAUUAACGUUUAUUAAAAGAAUAUGUACAUUAAUCCUUAACAAUUUUUGCAGUUAAGUCAAAAUGUGGACAGGACCAAUUAGAUCGGUAACCAAGUCCUUCCACCGAAAGGUUAUUUUCUUUCCUUACCUUUGUUUACUUAUAUACAUGUACAUAUAUAUCUCUAGCUUCAACACCCAAAUUUUAAUUUCAGGUGAGAAUAGCCACGGAGACGGGAUACAGGGAGUGUUCCUGAGCCUUAAAAAUGCGAAGAAUGGUGCUUUUCUCAAAACACCUUUUUAUCCUUAUGUGCGCCCUGCAGAAAAUCAACAGAUCUUUGUUACAACCCUUGUUAAAUACAACGGAGGCAGACGCAAUAGAGUCACUAAUAAAGCAGAAAUACGGCGUACCCUGACAAACUUACGAUUCCUUUUACCUGAGCUGGAAGAAAUUUUCCGGGAGUCAAUUCCAAAACUUCCAGAGAAUAGAGCCAUCCUAGAAAAAUGGAUUGAGACGGCUGCUGCGGUGAGUGGAAAGGUUCGCAAAUUGCGAAGAGCCCUGUUCUUUAAUAGAGCGAUUGACAUUAAGAAUGCCAGAAAAAUAGUGGCUGACAUCAACAAAAAGAUCCAUAUUGUGCGAAAAAGCGUAGGAAUGUUAAAGCAUCGCGUCUCCUUAAAAGCUGCAACUUCACCUUUAAUUACUAUGAUUGAAGACUUUCAAUUGGAUUUCCCCGAUUAUGUGUACUUGAAGUUCGGAGGGGAGAGCACUAAGCAACGACUGUUAGGUGUGAAAAUACACCUUCGCUGUAAUCUGUGUAUAAAAAAGUUAUGUCUGGAAAACAUAGUCGCAGUAAUCUCACACCUUGAUGGACAUGGAAAGGUCUCUCAGCCAUUUUCCAGAACAAAGUUUUAUGUAAGCGGCAGGGCGCCAAAGGUCCUGUCUCUGAGCCCAGGUAAAAUCCUUAGUCUUCCAAAAGGACAAUCUAUCAAUAUGAUUUUUAACCGUGACUCCGAGGACGUAUCUAUUGAAUUUGGAGCAUUGAUACGACUUUUUGGCUUGAGUCAGUUUGCAAAUGCAACGCUCGACAAGGCGCAGCUAUCGGUUAAUGUUAAGGGAAAAUUUUUUGCUAAAUUUCCAUCAGAGCUAGAUGUUGUUGCAAAGAUCAGAGAGAGUGAAAAUUGGAACUCCCUACUAUUUUUGGUGAAAGGAAAGAUGUUGAAAUCGUCCCUUCUUCCCAAUAAGCUUCAAAAUGCAAUCAACAACUAUACACUUGCUCUAGCCCAAAACGCUCAGAGGAGGAUUCAAAGAGCUGAGGCUGCAACUAACAAUGCCAAGAGACAAACCAAAGAGGCAGAAACAAUUUUGAAAAAGAAAAAGAUUGCCUCCAAUAAUGCCUCUAAAAUUUUGGACGAUAAAGUGAACAAUCUUGUUCAAAAGCGAAUUGUGUAUGCUCAGCGUAAGAUUCGAUUUAACUCGACACUUUUGAGUUACCUACACUUAAAGAACCAGACUUUAUGCGAUAUGAAAGCCUGCAAGAAUGACGAUAUCAAGACAUGUAUACCUGACGUUGUCAAAAGAAAGUCAAGACUAAGGUAA